AACGAUAAGAAGAAGGCAAAUCUUUGCGACGUGUUGUUCGAUUGCAGUGCGUGAAUUUAUCGUAAAAAAUCGACUGCACAAUGCAAGGACCGGCUGUUUUUAUUGAUGCUGAUUUCGACGAUCAGGCGCAGGAGCUGCGGCAGUUUUUGAAGCAGCUGGGUGCGGAAAUUAGCGAAGAAAAGUCCACCAAGGGUAUCGAGGAUGAUCUGCACAAGAUUAUCGGUGUGUGCGAUGUGUGCUUUAAGGAUAACACCCACUCGCCGGAAGAAAUCGAUGCCGUGCUGAACAGCAUCGUUUCCAUCAUCGUGUCCAUUCCAUUGGAGCGGGGCGAAAACCUGAUUCUGUCGUUCUGUGACAAGAUGACGAAGGCGAAGGAACCCAACCUUGCCCGGGUUUGCCUGCAGUCCUUGUGGCGGUUGUUCACUAACCUGGAGGUAACUUCUCCGCUUCGGUACCACGUCUACUACCAUCUGGUACAGGUCGCGAAGCAAGUGAACCAAGUGAAGGAAGUGUUCACUGGAGUGGAGCAGCUGAAGGCGCAAUUCGCUCAGUGUCCACCCUCAAACGAGCAAAUGCAAAAGCUAUACCGCCUGCUGCACGAUGUGCUGAAGGACACGAACAGCGAGCUGGCAUCGAAAGUAAUGAUUGAGCUGCUGGGAACGUACACUGCCGAUAAUGCGUCGUACGCUCGUGAGGAUGCAAUGAAAUGCAUCGUUACGGCUCUGGCCGACCCAAACACCUUCCUGCUCGACCCACUGCUCUCUCUGAAGCCGGUUCGGUUUCUUGAGGGAGAGCUCAUUCACGAUCUGCUCUCGGUGUUUGUUUCAGAAAAGUUGCCAAGCUACUUGGAGUUCUACAAGCACCACAAGGAGUUCGUCAAUUCGCAAGGUCUGAAUCACGAACAGAACAUUAAGAAAAUGCGUCUACUGUCAUUCAUGCAACUUGCCGAGAGCAAUUCGGAAAUGUCCUUCCAACAGUUGCAGGACGAACUGCAGAUUAAGGAGGAGGAAGUGGAACCGUUCAUCAUCGAAGUCCUGAAGACGAAGCUUGUCCGUGCGCGAAUGGAUCAGCGAGCCCGCAAGGUUCACAUUUCGAGCACAAUGCACCGGACGUUCGGUCGUCCCCAGUGGCAGCAGCUCCACGACCUGUUGCUUUCGUGGAAAACCAAUCUUACACUCGUUCAGGAAAACAUCAAUAACGUGGCGGCCGCCCAGGUAGAACUGGCCCAACGUCAGUGAUUGUGUGCGCGUGUGUCCCGUGAAGCAAUUGAACCAGUUGCGCGAUAUAACGUAUUUGUGCGUGGAAUCAGCUAAACCAUAAACUCAGUAGAGAGACGUAAAUUCCGAAUCGUAUUAAGCAGCAAGCAUAGAGGUGUGACGUGCGGGUGAAGAAUAAUCAUUACAUUUACGAGCUGACGCGCUGCGCGUGAAACUACCGAAGAAAACACUAGUAGGAAGAUUCCUAUAUCUUCUCGCCAGGACCCUGGGGGAGUGUGGCCGACGCUCGCUAUCAUUUUCGUUCAUACAGUGCGUACUUCCAUCAUAACAAAAGAGUUUAUUAUUUCGCGUUGUCCAACUAACAGUCACCGAUUCAAUAAACUCUUGUACAAUAUGAA